CUUUCUUGAUCAAUUCUCAGAGCUGGUUUUAGGAUUGAAAAGCUGUGGUCAGUUCAAGAUGUCUCAGCAGAAAUCAGCUAUCCUCUCCGUCUAUGACAAGACCGGUCUGCUUGACCUGGCCAAGGGUCUUGUUAAACAUAAUGUCCGUCUGCUUGCGUCUGGCGGUACUUCUAAAUUGAUCCGGGAGGCUGGAUUCCCCGUUGAGUGAGUUUUCUCCGUGGCCAUCCCACCCCGGCAAGAAACCGGGGUGAUGAAAUAGAAUAAAUGUAACUGGAAGACGAUGGUGCUAUCUUGGAGAUGUUAGCCUUCGUGGUCAGACUCAGUACUGAUCGCUAAUGAACAAUGAAGGGAUGUCUCGGCCAUCACACACGCUCCCGAGAUGCUUGGUGGUCGUGUCAAGACCCUGCACCCUGCUGUUCAUGGUGGUAUUCUCGCUCGAAACAUCGAAUCCGACGAGAAGGACCUAGCGGACCAGAAAAUCAGCAAGGUCGAUUACGUUGUCUGCAACCUUUAUCCCUUCAAGCAGACUGUUUCCCAAGUCAACGUGAGCAUUCCAGAGGCCGUUGAACAAAUCGACAUUGGCGGUGUCACCCUCCUUCGUGCUGCGGCGAAGAAUCACGCCCGCGUGACUAUCCUGUCCGACCCCAAUGACUACCCCGAGUUUCUCAAGGAGCUGGAUGCCGGAGAGAUCAGUGACGCGAGCCGGAAACUUUACGCCUUGAAGGCCUUUGAGCACACGGCAGACUACGACAAUGCCAUCUCGGGAUUCUUCCGCAAGGAAUACGCCGGCAAUGGUAUCCAGCACUUGGCUCUGCGUUAUGGUGCGAACCCACACCAGAAGCCUGCAUCCGCGUACGUGCUUGAAGGAAAGCUUCCCUUCAAUGCGCUGAAUGGGUCUCCUGGGUACAUUAACUUGCUCGACGCCCUUAACGCAUGGGCGUUAGUCAAGGAGCUUAAGCAGGCUCUUGGUCUCCCUGCUGCUGCCAGCUUUAAGCAUGUUUCACCGGCUGGCGCUGCCGUUGGCGUACCCCUGAAUGAAAAAGAGCGCAAGGUCUACAUGGUUGAUGACAUUGCCGGGAUCGAAUCUUCGGGUUUGGCUCAGGCGUAUGCCCGUGCUCGUGGCGCCGAUCGUAUGUCCAGCUUCGGAGAUGUAAUCGCCCUUAGCGACGUUGUCGACUUCCCCACUGCCAAGAUCAUUUCCCGCGAGGUUUCCGAUGGUGUCAUUGCCGCGGGCUAUGAACCUGAGGCUCUGGAGCUGCUCUCCAAGAAAAAGGGCGGCAAGUACCUUGUCCUUCAGAUGGACACCUCCUACGUCCCCGGCCCUGAGGAAACCCGCACUGUUUACGGUGUUCAGCUCUCUCAGCACCGCAACGAUUUCCUCAUCUCUCCUGAGAAAACCUUUAGCAAUAUCAUUACUCCCAAGGAUCUGAAUGCUCUUCCUGAGAAUGCUCUCCGGGACCUGACUGUGGCUACUAUCGCCCUGAAGUACACUCAGUCCAACUCUGUCUGCUAUGCGCUCAAUGGCCAAGUCAUUGGACUGGGUGCCGGUCAGCAGAGUCGUAUCCACUGCACUCGUCUUGCUGGAGACAAGGCAGACAACUGGUGGAUGCGUUUCCACGAGCGCGUGCUCCGCAUUAAGUGGAAGCAGGGAACCAAGCGCGCGGACAAAAGUAAUGCUAUUGACCUGCUCUGCUCUGGUCAGACUCCCCGCAACGAAGCCGAGAAGGCCGAGUACGAGCGUGUAUUUGAAGAGGUCCCGAAGCCCUUUACUGAAGAGGAACGAAGCUCUUGGCUUCAACAGUUGACAGGUGUAUCCGUCUCAUCCGAUGCCUUUUUCCCCUUUAUCGACAACGUAUUCCGUGCUGCCCGCUCUGGUGCCAAAUACAUUGCCGCUCCAAGCGGUAGCCAGAACGACAAGCCCGUCUUUGAAACUGCAGAGAAGCUCGGCAUCGUUUUCGUCGAACAGGGUACUCGCCUCUUCCACCACUGAGCAGGUCUUUCCGGUCUGAUGAGUCGGGCUCUGUUUUUGUCUUUUAUUUGGCAAGCAUCCAUACUAUUUUCUAUAAAAAAGAAGAAGAAAAAAAGGAGAUCGUUCACCUACACACUAAAAAGAUAUUUGAGAAUCAUUAUUCUUCCUUUCUUUUCCGUCAAAUGCAAUUGUCUAACGUCUGAUGUUAUAUUACGGCUUGUGCUAAUAUGUAUUGACCUGUUUAUAAGCCAUUGAGUAAAAGUGGAUAUUACCGUCAAAGGGCUAUUCCAAAACCUAGGUGAUACUCAGUAAAGUACUAUCCAGUGUCCACUGUUUCGAAGGUCUUGGCUCUGGUCCCCACUAUUAUUGGAAGCAACGCUGCAUUUAUUAGUUACUAUUCCGCGCUGUAAUUCCAAAGCAGAAACUCUACUGACUGGAAUCGUCGUGAUAUCUAUAUGCUUGGGCUCCUUGCAGUCUCGGUUUAUGAAGUACCUGCACCCAGUAAAGACUGACCGGGGCGAUGCUUUUGCAAUGACCAGAAUCGGCAGCAUACUAUUGUCCCAAUUCCAUUCACAUCCAGACAGGCAAGGAGCAGGAUAGAAUUUCUGGGACUAUUGUUAAUUCACUUUAUAGGAAGCUGGUGGAAAAGCACUUUGUGUAAUAUUGUAUGGCGAGAUACCGUUUCAUGGUAGGUAGGACUUGUAUGUAUUAUUCACAUAGGAGGGUUCUCGGAAUUAUACCGUCCAUGGCAGUCAAAAGUAAGAGAACAUUGAAUGUAUCCAG